AUGCCGCUGUUAAAGGAUGCCACACCCGUGGUAAAGGAGCUGCGGUCCCCGCCGCCGGUCCCCCUUUGCUGGUUCCUCCCAAGCCUAUUUGCUGCCUUCAACGUGGUGCUGCUCGUCAUUUUCAGUGGUCUCUUCUUUGCAUUCCCUUGCAGGUGGCUGGCUCAGCACGGGAACUGGGCCUUCCCCACCGUCACAGGCCUCCUCUUUGCCCUUACCUUCUUCAGUCUCGUUACACUCAACUUCUCAGACCCUGGUAUCUUACAUCGAGGCUCCGGCGAGCAGAGCCCCAUGACGGUGCACGUGGUGUGGGUGAACCACAGAGCCUUCCGCCUGCAGUGGUGCCCAAAGUGCUGCUUCCACCGCCCGCCCCGGACUUACCACUGCCCCUGGUGCAACAUCUGUGUGGAGGACUUCGACCAUCACUGCAAGUGGGUCAAUAACUGCGUCGGUAACCGCAACUUCCGCUUCUUCAUGCUGCUGGUGCUGUCCCUGUGCCUCUACUCGGGCUCCCUGCUGGUCACCUGCCUGUUCUUCUUGGUGCGCACCAGCCACCUGCCCUUCUGCAUUGACAAGGCCAUGGCCAUCCUAGUGGCUGUGCCCGCCGCGGGCUUCCUGGUACUGCUCUUCCUGCUGCUGCUGAUCCAGAUCCUGUCGGUGAGUGCGGCCGAGCGCUCCUACGAGGGCAAGUGCAGAUACCUUCAGGGAUACAACCCCUUUGACCAGGGCUGUGUCAGCAACUGGUAUUUAGCAAUUUGUGCACCACUGGGACCCAAGUACAUGGCUGAAGCUGUCUGGCUGCAGAGAGUGGUGGGGCCCGAGUGGGUGCCGGUGUACUUCCCGACAUGCCCCUCCACACACAGCCCUUCGGUCCUCCCCGGCCCCCAGCCCCAACCCUCCUGCUGCCACAAACCAGGGCAGGGCCCUCCGGGGAGCGGAGAGGCCGCAGCUGUCCAGGAGGUGAGGAGUCUCCACGCCGGCCCGGUGCUGCACCCGCUGCGGGAAGCCCCUCACUCGCCCCUCCGCACCCGGCGAUGCCAGGAGCACCUGCGUCUCAACGUCACCUCCUGA